AUGUCGCAAACUCUCUCGGGACGGUCCGCGUCUCCCAGCUUUCCCCAGUCCUACCAAUCUCUCUUCCAGAUCGGCACUGAGUUUCCACGCUUCGUGGUACCCUAUUAUCCCUGGUGGGAAGAUGAAGCUACUACAGUUCUCUGGGCCUUUAAAAACCUCGAAAUUCGUCUAGUCAUUCGCUACGGUCUAUUUCGAGAUGAAAAUCUACCACGAAGUUCGCUAUUAAGCCGCAGUAACGAUGCAAUUGAUGCGGUUUUCAUGGCGCUAACUGAGCCGCGUGAACACCAGCUGCUUGGACAUCUCUCCCACAUGCAACGAGUGGAGGAGAUUCUGCGUCGAUCUGGGCUUCCACCAUUUCAGCCGGUCCCUUGGUCCUGGCUACCCCAAACUCCAGUGUAUGCGCUCGACCCGCGGGCCAUCGCACAGGCCAUCGAGGCCGAGAGCCAUUUCCAGCUUAGUAGGGUUGCUUUUGAAGACAUCGUGCGCGCCUCACUGGGUUACACCGCGACUUCGGUCGAAUGGUUUCUCAUGCAACAUACAGCCUUGUAUAUACACUUGUUAGAUCAUCUUACGAUGUUUCCUGAUGAUAUCCCUGUGUACUUGGAAGUGGAAAAGCACCUACGAACAAAGAGCCCCUUCGCCCACCGAGCAAUAGCACAAUGUUUAACAGCAGUCCAACCCGAUUCUGCACCAGAUCUAGCCAAGACCUCCACACGUAGUUUCGAAUUUGUCGCCGGUCCGAUCCAGCGCCUCUUUCAAGACCGACCGGAGAGUCUGACUGACAUGCUUAAGAUCUGCAAUGUAUUUGCUGUCCGAUUCCGCCGCCUGUACAUCAAUACCGCGAAGGUUCCCUGGGACAGGCAGUUCGAUGCUUCAUAUCCAUUUUUGGAAGAUUGCCUCGGAUCAUCUUCGCCAUCCGACUUAGCUCGCACCCUCACCACUCUGGACAAGGGGGACUUCGCCCAUCUAACCCGGUCAAGUAUCAUCGCCCAUGACGAGACCACAAAGGGUCUUUUAGCAAAUUGGGAAGAUCUCACCGUGUCAGUAUGGGAAUGCUGCUCUGCAAUCCCAGAUCUUACCCUAUACCUCCGAGAAUGCGCACAGAGAGAAAUCCAACCAUUGCAGAGCCUUUUACAACGACAAAAUUACCACUCUCUAACGGCAGUGCUGCACGGUCUCCACAGAUAUAGUAUAUCAACUGCACGAUCCCGCGGUCUCAACAGUACAGUUGGGGGAAUGGUCGUUCUGGACCCUAUUAUCCCACCAGACACGAUAUUCCUCUGCAAUGCAACACAAAACUACGCCGCAUACCGUCAGCAUUACCGAGAUUACCCGGGGAUCCCAUUCUUACUCCCGCAUCUUCGCGAUGGCCAGCAAAAGGGCGAAAUGGCUCUCCAACCCGUCUUCCGCUUUCUGCAGAGGUAG